AAAUUGCGGUCAAUAAUAAGCAAGCUUUUUGCUAUUUCCAUUUCAUGUAUUACUCUGUGUUGCCAUUUAAUUCUUAACCAGUAGCAAGCAUGGCUCAUCAUGCCACAGCCUUCACCAUUAUCCACUUGAAUACAGGUCUCUUCUCUAGGCCUGCUCCUCCAGUUCCCUCCUCAUCUUCAUCUUCCCUUUCUUUUAAUACCAGCAGUUGUAGUUUUUUCUCGUAUAACUCUCAGCUGCGUCUGAGUAAACGUAAUGCCGAUACAUGGAGGCAUUCCAUGUUUGUCAGCACAAAACCUGUCCUCCAAAAUGAGGCUCUUGCUUUUAAUGGAAAACCUAUAUUGACUCAAGUUCCUGACAAUGUCCUUGUCACACCAUUGCCUGAUUCAUCUGCUUGUUAUCUUGGGGUUUCUUCCUUAGAGACCAGUUCUCGACAUGUUUUGAAGCUUGGACUUGUUAGGAAUUUGAGGUUGUUAUGUCUGUUUAGAUUCAAAAUGUGGUGGAUGAUACCUAGAGUAGGUGAUUCAGGAAGCGAUAUUCCUGUUGAAACUCAGAUGCUGCUUAUGGAAGUGGCUGAUGAAUCACCUGAUGCUUCUCCUUCAUAUGUUGUGUUCUUGCCUGUGCUAGAUGGUGAUUUCAGGACAAGCUUGCAGGGAAAUUCGUCCGAUGAACUUGAAAUCUGUGUCGAAAGUGGUGAUCCUGCUGUGGUUACUUCAGAAUGUCUAAAAGCUGUUUUUGUGAAUUAUGGAAACCAUCCAUUUGAUCUGAUGAAGAAAUCCAUGAAGAUAUUGGAAGAGCAGACUGGAACCUUCGCAGUUCGGGAAUCAAAACAAAUGCCUGGAAUGUUAGAUUGUUUUGGCUGGUGCACUUGGGAUGCUUUCUACCAUGGUGUCAAUCCUCAAGGAAUAAAAGACGGUCUCAAAAGUUUAUCAGACGGAGGCACUCCAGCAAAAUUUCUGAUAAUAGAUGAUGGUUGGCAAGAUACAAGUAAUGAGUUCCAAAAGGAAGGGGAGCCAUUUAUUGAAGGAUCACAGUUUGGUGGAAGACUAGUCAGCAUUAAAGAAAACCAUAAAUUUCGGAAAACAAAAGAAUCUCGGAGUACUGAUGCUCCAAAGGAUCUGAAGCAAUUUGUUUCGGAUAUUAAGAGCAGUUUUGGCCUGAAGUAUGUGUAUGUAUGGCAUGCCUUAAUGGGAUAUUGGGGAGGGCUUGUUCCAAAUGCAGAUGGAACUAAAAAAUACAAUCCGAAACUGAUAUAUCCAGUGCAGUCACCAGGGAAUUUGGCAAACAUGAGGGACAUUUCUCUGGAUUGCAUGGAGAAGUAUGGUGUUGGAGCAAUUGACCCUGAAAGAAUAUCUCAAUUUUAUGAUGAUCUUCACAGUUAUCUUGUUUCUCAAGGUGUGGAUGGGGUUAAGGUUGAUGUUCAGAACAUACUCGAAACCGUUGCAGCCGGUUUGGGAGGUCGAGUCUCUCUUACCAGGCACUUCCAACAGGCUCUUGAGGACUCCAUUGCUGCUAACUUCAAAGACAACAGCAUCAUCUGCUGCAUGGGUCAGAGCACAGACUCCAUUUACCAUUCAAAGCAAAGUGCUAUAACGCGAGCAUCAGACGACUACUAUCCAAAAGAUCCAGCGACACAGACACUGCAUAUAGCUGCUUUGGCUUAUAACAGCAUAUUCCUUGGGGAAGUAGUAGUCCCUGACUGGGACAUGUUCUAUAGCCUUCAUGAUGCAGCUGAAUUCCAUGCUAUAGCUAGAGCUGUAGGAGGGUGCGGAGUGUAUGUUAGUGAUAAACCUGGGCAUCAUGACUUUACUGUACUAAAAAGGCUCGUUCUUCGUGAUGGAUCGAUCCUUAGAGCUAAGUAUCCAGGAAGACCAUCGCGAGAUUGCUUAUUCAGCGACCCAGUAAUGGACGGGAAGAGUCUGAUGAAGAUAUGGAACUUAAACAAAUGUACCGGAGUAGUUGGGGUGUUCAAUUGCCAAGGAGCAGGUAGCUGGCCUUGCACACAACAGAAACAGGUAAGUGCAGAAAUGACAGUAAGUGGACAGGUCUCUCCUGCUGAUGUCGAGUAUUUCGAAGAAGUUUCCGGCACUAAAAACCUGUGGACCGGAGAUUGUGCAGUUUAUUCUUUCAAUCAAGGAUCAAUGCGUCGACUAAACAAGGAUGAAUCAUUUGAUGUAAGAUUAAAGACUCUGGAAUGUGAUGUCUACACAAUAUCACCUAUCAAGGUUUAUGAUGAGAAGAUUGAGUUCGGAGCCAUUGGAUUAGUGAACAUGUAUAACUCUGGGGGAGCUGUAGAAUCUGUAGCAUGUGAGUGUGAGGGCAGUGGUGGCACAACAAUUAUAAGCAUCAAAGGGAGAGGAGAAGGAAGCUUUGGAGCAUACUCCAGUAGGAAGCCAAAAUGCUGCUUUGUAAACUCAAAAGAAGAGUCCUUUGUAUUCAGGCAAGAGGACAAUCUUCUCACAGUUAAAGUUGUCUCUACAACCAUCAAUUGGGAUGUUCAAAUUUGUUAUUGAGGAUUUGUCAUCAUACAAUUGUAUGUAAGUGAUUGAUUUUAGUAUAUAGUUCCAGUAAAAGUGCAAGUUGUAACACAAUAAAAGUUAGGAUGAUGAUGUGGCAGUUGAUGCUGAUUGUGUAA